GUGGAGCCCGAAGAACACUGCAAGGGAUCAUGAAGAGCCUCGGGAGAAUCAAGAUAAAGAAGACAUGCUUGGAGUUGAAGAUCACCCGCAAUCCAACUCGAAAAUUAGGGGGGUGAUUGUUGACUAAUUAUCGAGUAGGAUUAGGAUUACCCGAGAUAUUCUAGUUCAAAUCUAUACUAUCCACAGCUCAAUCUACCGGAAAUGAGAUUGUUCUCCCUUGUUGCUCUGUUCCUCGCGUCCAGCGAUCUGUUUUUAUCAGGAGCGUAUUCAUCGGCGACCUUCACGUUCACGAACAAGUGCGACCAGACGAUUUGGCCGGGAAUUUUGUCGAACGCCGGAGUUGCGCCGCUGGGAACCACCGGAUUCGCGUUGCAGAAGGGAGAAUCGAGGACGAUCCAAGCUCCGUCGAGCUGGGGAGGCCGAUUCUGGGGCCGAACAUACUGCGCGGAAGAUUCCGCCGGGAAAUUCGCCUGCGUCACCGGCGAUUGCGGUUCCGGGACGCUGGAAUGCACCGGCGGGAACGCCGCUCCCCCGGCUACGCUGGCGGAGUUCACGCUGAACGGAGACGGAGGGAUGGACUUCUUUGACGUCAGCCUCGUGGACGGGUACAACCUCCCGAUGCUGGUGGUGCCGCAAGGCGGAUCCGGUGUGAACUGCUCCGCCACGGGCUGCCGGGUGGACGUGAACGGGCUCUGCCCGUCGGCGCUGAAGGUGACGAGCGCGGAGGGGGAUGCGGUCGUUGCGUGUAAGAGCGCGUGCGAGGCUUUCGGCGACCCGGAGUACUGCUGCAGCGGCGCGUUCGGCACACCGGAUGUCUGCAAGCCGUCGAGUUACUCGGAGAUGUUCAAAGGCGCGUGCCCCACCGCCUACAGCUACGCCUACGACGAUAAGACCAGCACCUUCACGUGCUCCGGCGCCGACUAUGCGAUCACCUUCUGCCCAUCCCCAACCACCAGCCAAAAAUCGUCUUCAACUCCACCGAGUACGGUGUCCAACGGCGGAGACCAAACCCAACCGGCCACCGACGGCUCGAUGGUAUACGACGGAUCGUUGGACUUCAGCGGCAGCGCGCAUCCAAUCCACCGCGUCCACGUCGCAGUUACCGUUGCCGUCGCCAUCCUAACGGCAAUCUUGCAGGUGGGGUGUCAGCUAUUAUAACGCGUAUCGUGGCCCAUCUUACCCUGUCGGCCUGGUAGGCGAUGGGUCGACGUGCGGUCCGUCGUUGGGCCCACUUUGGCCCGUUUCUCAACACGGCCCAUGUGACUUGCAGAUGCGGUCACCACUGAGAGCUAGACGCGUUAGCAAAGAAAAGGACACACAUCUUCAGACAACGCCACAGCAUUAGUCAUUAUUAUAAUAAUAAUUAUUAUUAUUAAUUUAUUAUGAGUAUUAUUUGUCUUAAUAAAUUUUCAUGGCACCAAUUAAUUUAGCCCAAAAAAGUCCAUGAAAAUCUAAUUUAAUUUGACAAUUCUGAACAUUUUAUUCUUCAAUUUUUUAUAUAAUAUUGUUUGGUUUGUAGGUUUAGAAAUGUUGUACAAUUAUAUCUAUCAAAAAAUUAAAAAUGAACGGACACUGCGUAA